AUGCCUUCACCGCGCUGCUGCUGCUGCUGACGGCGUCGUCCUUCUCCCGCACCGAGCAUCAGGGCGUCCGCUGCGCCGCUUCGGACGAGUCGGUCGGUUUGCGACGGGGCAGCGACACGCUGCGACUUCGGGCAGUUUCUCCGUGGCCUCUCUCUCUCUCUCUCUCUCUCUCUCCCCUCCUCUCUCUCUCUCUCUCUCUCCCCCUCUCUCUCUCUCUCUCUCUCUCUCUCUGCGUUCACAAUCCGAACAUGGAAGAUGGUCCUUCUUCGACAAGCUGUUUCAGAAGGUUAACGGAUUGUUUUCUGGGUGCAAGUUUGACGGAUGAGAAAGUGAAGGCCUACCUCUCGCUGCACCCGCAGAUGCUGGACGACUUCGUAUUGGAGAGCGUGAGUGCAGAGACAUUGGACAGAUGGCUGAAGAGGAAGACCAACAGCAGGCCUGCAGAUGACACAGCAGCAAAAGACGUCAGCAGGUACCAGGACACAAAUAUGCAGGGUGUGGUGUACGAACUCAACAGCUACAUGGAGCAGCGCCUGGACACUGGAGGAGACAACAAGUUGCUGCUCUAUGAGCUUUGCAACAUCAUCAAAGCAGCUACAAAAGCUGAUGGAUUUGCACUUUACUUCUUGGGAGAAUGCAACAAUAGUUUAUGUUUGUUCACUCCAACCGGGGCCAAGGACGGCCCUCCAAGCCUCAUCCCUUCUGGUCCCAUCGCGUAUGGGACCACCAUAGCCGCUCACGUUGCCAAGACUCGCAAAACACUUCUUGUAGAGGACAUCAUGGGGGAUGAGCGCUUCCCCGACGGCACAGGGCAGGACUCAGGGAUCCAUGUUCACUCUGUCCUGUGCCUCCCCAUCCUCACUGCCAUCGGGGACCUCAUUGCCAUCCUGGAGCUGAACCGGCAUUGGGGGAAAGAGCCCUUCAACCUUAGUCACCAGGAGGUUGCAACAGCUAACCUAGCGUGGGCAUCGGUAGCCAUUCAUCAAGUACAGGUGUGCAGAGGCCUCGCCAAACAGACCGAGCUCAAUGACUUCCUGCUAGACGUGUCAAAAACAUACUUUGACAACAUUGUGGCAAUAGAUUCUCUACUUGAACAUAUUAUGAUAUAUGCAAAAAACUUGGUGAAUGCGGACAGAUGUGCGCUCUUCCAGGUAGAUCACAAUAACAAAGAACUGUACUCUGAUCUGUUUGAUAUUGGAGAGGAGAACGAAGGCAGACCUGUCUUUAGGAAAACCAAAGAAAUUAGGUUUUCUAUAGAGAAGGGAAUAGCAGGCCAAGUGGCUCGGACCGGAGAAGUGUUAAAUAUCCCAGAUGCCUAUGCAGACCCACGAUUCAACCGGGAGGUGGACCUCAAAACCGGUUACACAACGCGGAACAUCCUGUGCAUGCCCAUCGUCAGCAGGGGGACCGUUAUAGGUGUGGUGCAGAUGGUGAACAAGCUAAGCGGAAGUGCCUUCACUAAAACCGACGAGAACAACUUCAAGAUGUUCGCCGUCUUCUGUGCCCUGGCCUUACACUGUGCAAAUAUGUACCAUCGGAUACGGCACUCGGAAUGCAUUUACAGAGUGACUAUGGAAAAGCUGUCCUACCACAGCAUCUGCACAUCGGAGGAGUGGAAGACCCUAACGCAGCUCAACCUCCCUACACCUAUUUAUAAAGAAAUCGAAAUGUUCCACUUUGACAUUAGUCCCUUAGAGGAGAUCUGGCCCGCCGUCUUUGUCUACAUGGUUCAUAACUCCUGUGGGCAGAGCAGCUUUGAGCUGGAGAAACUGUGUCGAUUCACCAUGUCCGUACGGAAGAACUACCGCCGUGUACCGUACCACAACUGGAAGCAUGCCGUGACGGUGGCGCACUGCAUGUACGCCAUCCUGCAGAGAUCCACGGGGAUCUUCACAGAACUAGAGAAGAAGGGUCUGUUAAUAGCCUGCCUGUGCCACGACCUCGACCAUCGGGGUUACAGCAAUUCAUACCUACAGAAGUUUGACCAUCCCCUGGCUGCUCUGUACUCCACCUCCACCAUGGAGCAACACCACUUCUCUCAGACCGUCUCCAUCCUACAGCUGGAAGGGCACAAUAUUUUCUCCAACCUGACUUCCAGCGAGUACGAGCAGGUGUUGGAGAUCAUCCGGAAGGCCAUCAUCGCCACGGAUCUCGCCUUGUACUUUGGCAACCGACAGCAGCUGGCUGAGCUGCUGACAUCGGGCGGUCUGGACCUCAACAACCACGGACACAGGGACCGCGUGAUUGGUCUGAUGAUGACCGCCUGUGACCUGUGCUCGGUUACCAAGCUAUGGCCAGUCACACGACUCACCGCCAAUGACAUCUACGCUGAGUUCUGGGCAGAGGGAGACGAGAUGAAGAAGAUUGGACUGCAGCCCAUCCCAAUGAUGGACAGAGAUAAGAAAGAUGAAGUGCCCCAGGGCCAAGUUGGAUUCUACAACGCUGUUGCUAUUCCGUGUUAUACGACGCUGUCGGAGCUGUUUCCUCCAUCUUCUCCUCUCCUCAGAGCCUGCAGGGAGAACCUGAGCCAGUGGGAGAAGAUAGUGCGAGGAGAGGCGGAAGACAUCGUGCUGAGGCCUUUGAACCCUGUGGACAGCAGCCGGCCGAGUGAUUCGGGACCCAUCAAGGUUGACAACUAACUUGCCGGAGUCUCCAGCCCGCUGCAGAAUACGCCCGGAGUCAGGCCACGGACCGCGUCUGUCCACGGGGCGGGACCCAGGUCCCGUGUUGGCGGGGAGCGGGGAGCAUACGGACAGAAACCACGACUGAAAUUUGAACACACACGGUUACCUCACUGGGUGACAAAUGUGUCAACAUCGAUAGUUUCGCCGAACCCAGAGACUGACGGACAACACGGGGGGGAGGGACUCUAACCCGCAACCCCGUGUCUACACAGCUGCGAGAUGGAGGGAUCUGGUCAAACGAACUUCUCCGUGUGUGCAGUUUUUUUUUUGGUUGUUUAUUUGGUUGUCUUGUGUUAUUUUAUUGUGUUAUUUUUUAAUUUGACUCCAGCUGGUUUCUUUCAUGGACUUGUAUUUGCAAAGGCCUUACAAUCUGAACCUUUCACAGGCUAGGAAAUGUGAAAUCUUGACUGUUGUCAGUUCAGGUUUUUUUAUUUUGAAAUGGUACUGUGUUUGCCUCCCAUGGUAGAUGUGUGUCGUACGCGUACUACCACCACUCCGGAGGUUUUCAACCAGACAGAAGGAAUGUUUAGAGCAGACGCGUGUCGCGAAGCCGUCACGACGAGAAGGUGGUCGCCGGACAUGUUUUCGAUUACUUUAGAGCAAAAAUCGUUUGCGGUACUUGAAUAAAAGACAUACAGCCUAUUCUACGUGGAGACUGUGGAAAACACCCCCCCCCCCCCCCGCAGUGUGUUGUGCAGAACCCAAAUGAACUGUGACGGGAGGAGUUAGAUAAUGUCAACACUCGGCGGAGUCACACGAGAGUCACAAUGUUCCAUCCAGAAGUGGCCCCCGUAACGCCGCCUGUGGCCCCUGGGGUUUGAGGAACCUGCUGCAUAAAUCAGCUUUUGAGCGUCUGAUUAGUAGAACCUUACUUUGGGCUGGGUGUCUGUUUUUAACACACAGGCAGAGUUCACACAGGGCAAAAAAAGCAAGGCACACACACACACACACACACAGUCAGUGAUCAUCUGUAGCGAUCAUUAACUGGAUGCCUGUACUCCACAGUGUUUAACCUCCAAUAACCUUUAAGAUUACUUGAAACAAGGGUGCGCUUGUUUCAAGUAAUUCAGUUACCCUUCGUUUGUCAUUAAUAACGUUGUCGACACGGUUAAUUGAGUUAACCUUCAAAGAAAGAUGCUGCAUGAGUCGCUCACGAAAACCCUCAACAAUGAACAAUCCAUAACCCGGUUCACAUGUGAUGCAGACGUGACAGAUUCGCGCCGUAUUAGUCAAACAAAUGGAGGGCAGUGCAGUUAGUAAAACCCCGACCGGGGAGCAAACCGGGGAGCCCACUAGUCCACCGUGCCGUGCCGUUUUUGACUUUUACCGGCUUAUUCAAAGGAAGCAGUAAUGAGCCGACAUGUUCCCAUAGUUCUUGGCCUUCGCAGCAGCCACUCGACGUCGAAGGCCCCUUCGAUCGGUGAACUUGCACACAUCGUCACGGAAACCGUCCUCACGGCCCUUUAGCUAAGGAACCCGAGGGUCAUCUAAGAUGAAUAGACGAAUGUGUUUGCGCACAAAUGUCGAGACGUGUAUUCUGCAAGUCCUUGUUGGUGUGAGUAGACCAUUUGAAGUUUGAACAAAGAAAAAGUGCCCUAUCUGCUUCCCCCGGCCUUUACGCGGAGGUCAUUUGAAGGGGUUUAUUGUAAACUCUUUUAUUCUUUUAAGCUCUUCCAGAAAACAACAUUUUGCCUUCCCCCCCCCACUGCAGCCAACGUUGUCCCGCCGAGAUAUUUGUUUAACCUUUCGGUACCGUGGCCCCAGGUGUGUGAAUGUACAUUUUGAUGAAUGUUUUGACGACUGCAAAUUGCUGGUGGUGGGCAUGUGGUUUAGUUAGUUAGUACGCCAUCGGUUUCCACAAAUAAGCUCUUGUCUUACUUUUGAGAACUGCUUCCAGUGACCUUCCAACCAAGAGCAACAACAGCAUCGACACGCAUGCACCUAAACUGACGUUUAUAUAUGAUUUUGCAUAUACGGUAAAAGGUGUGUCCUGUUGCACAUGCUAGACAUUGGCUUGUACAGACUUAAGAUGUAUGCUCUGACGGUGCUAAACUGAAUGACAGUCAUGCACUUUCUGAGUCUGUGUGCGCGAGAGAGAGCGAGAGAGAGCAAGAGAGAGAGAGAGAGCUUUGGACUUUUUCUCCCCACCUCUAACCCCACUUUGAAACAUGGAGAAAUCCAUGGCGUUGCACUGUCCCUUUUUACUUUUCAGCACCAGUUAUAUCUCAUUGUCUGCACUAUGUUUAGCUUAAGACUAUUAUCCUUAUUAUUAUUAUUAUUAUUGAUAUUAUUACUAUUGUUAUUUUUCUUAGAAUUAAAUUUAAAUUAACUUAUAUUUUUAUACAAAAAAAGAACUGUUGCCCUUUUUGUUUUGUACAAAAUGAACAUUAAGAUAAAACAGUCUAGACAGGACACUGUUACCCAGAUUAACUGAGGAAUGUCUCCACUGUAAAACGUUAAGAGAAGUAGCCCUAAAGACUUUUAUUAA